GACGGGUGCCCUGGUUGCGCCAUGGACCGGAGGAAGGUAAGCCUCCGAGGGAGCAUCCCCUACAAGGAGCUUUUCUACGUCGGCGCCACCUCCCUCGCCGCAUCUCUUCCAAUUACGUGCCUCUUCCCCUUCAUGUAUUUUAUGGUUAGAGACUUCCACAUUGCUAAAACAGAGGAAGAUAUUGGAUCCUAUGCUGGUUUUCUUGCUGCUUCAUACAUGAUUGGUAGAGGCAUUACUUCGAUUUUCUGGGGCAUCGCCUCAGAUCGUCUCGGCCGGAAGCCUGUGAUUGUCUUUGCAAUGCUAUCUGUGGUCAUACUUCAGACACUCUUCGGCUUAAGUACAAAGUAUUGGAUGGCGAUUGCGGCAAGACUUCUUCUAGGUUCUCUAAAUGGUAUACUUGGACCAGUUAAGGCUUAUGCCAUUGAAGUUUGUCCAACUGAACACCAAGCUCUUGGGAUCUCAAUUGUGAACACCAUGUGGGGUUUUGGUAUUGUUAUUGGUCCAGGACUUGGAGGCUACCUUUCGCAGCCUGCUGAAAAAUAUCCACAAAUAUUCUCCAAGGAGUCAGUUCUUGGGAGGUUCCCAUAUCUCUUACCUUGUCUGGCUGUAUCAUUCUUUGCUGCUGUUGUUUUGAUAAGUUGUAUAUGGCUUCCGGAAACUAUACAUAAACAUAAAAUUACUGAAAAGGAUAUCAGGAUAGUCAAAGCCUUGCCAUCGCAGAAGUCUCAUUGGGAUCUGCCUCGUAAGAGAAGUUUGCUCCAGAAUUGGCCAUGGAUGUCAACUUUGGCAUCAUAUUGUUUGUUUGGUCUUCAUGAAACAGCAUACAGUGAGAUACUUUCCAUAUGGGCAGUGAGUGACAGAAAGUACGGUGGUCUUACCUUCACAUCUGGAGAUAUUGGUCAGGUUCUUUCCAUGGCAGGUGCUAGUCUUCUUGUAUAUCAGCUUUUCGUUUAUAGUUGGGUUAUUAAAAUUCUCGGGCCACUCAUUUCCUCACGUAUUGCUUCAACCUUAUCCAUUUUUCUCCUCGCUACAUUCCCCUUUAUGACAUACUUGUCUGGAGCAAAACUUUCUUUCGCACUUUACUCUGCAGCUAUGACGAAGAGUGUACUUGGAAUUACUAUUAGCACAGGAAUGUGCCUUCUUCAGAACAAUGCUGUGCGUCAAGACCAAAGAGGCACCGCAAAUGGCAUAUCGGCAAGUGCCCUGUCUUUUUUCAAGGCAAUUGCUCCAGUAGGGGCAGGUGUUCUAUUCUCGUGGGCACAAAAACGUCAGGAUGCCACCUUCUUCCCAGGUGACCAAGUGGUGUUCCUGAUGCUGAUAUUGGUGCAGCUAUGUGGACUCAUAUCAACCUUCGAGCCUUUUCUGGUCUUGCCUCCGGUUGAAGAAUGUAGCUAG